UUAGAUAGUCUAACUUAAACUUGGACUGCGCGUUCAAAGUGCCAGUCAUUCAGGAUUUCAAGAGGUUCGAUACAUUUGUUCUCAUUAAUGUUGUAUUAAAUUAAUUCAGUAAACAAUGGGUGAAGUUUAUGUAGUUAACAAUGAUAGCCAGUUCGUCGGAGAAAUGGCUGUUGUGGGUACAAAAUUGGUCGUCGUUGAUUUCACAGCAACAUGGUGCGGCCCUUGCCAGAGAAUUGCACCAAUUUUUGAACAAUUAGCAGCUAAAUACCCAAAUGCAGUAUUUCUUAAGGUUGAUGUAGACAAGUGUGCAGGAACUGCUGCUACAUACGGUGUUACUGCGAUGCCUACAUUCAUAUUUUUUCGUAACCAAUCAAAAUUGGGCAUGUGUCAAGGAGCAGAUCCAGUUGGAUUAGAAUCGAAAAUUCAACAGUUUUAUGGGAGUGGAAGUAAAGAAGACUCUGAGAGUCCAGUGUCUGGACAUAUGGACUUAAAUACUUUAAUUACCAAGUCACAAUGUGAAUGUUUAAACGAAUCUGAUGAACAUAACUUCUUACAAUGUUUGACUGCUGAUGAUGGAUAUCUUGAAAGUGAUUGUGAUGAGCAAUUAAUAUUAUCCAUUGCAUUUCAACAAGCAGUCAAAAUUCAUUCAUUGAAGAUUAAAGCUCCCAUUGAUAAGGGACCAAAAACUAUCAAAUUAUAUAUCAACCAGCCUAGAACAAUUGAUUUUGACAUGGCUGAUUCCAAUACAAGCAUUCAAGAUCUUGAAUUUUCAGUAAAGGAUAUUGAAGAAGGCAAUCCAGUUCCCUUGCGCUAUGUUAAGUUUCAAAAUGUGCAGAAUCUACAGAUUUUUGUAAAAGACAAUCAGAGUGGUAGUGAAACAACAAGGAUCGACCAUUUGUCCAUAAUUGGUUCACCCAUCUCGACCACAAACAUGGGAGAGUUCAGGAGAGUGACUGGUAAAAAAGGGGAAAGCCAUUAACAACCAAUUUUGUUUUUACACAUAAAGAAUUGUAAAAGAAUGUUAUUUCAAAUAAAUUUUUUCGUAGCCAUCAUAAUUUUCAAGAAUACUAAUAAAAUAAACAAUGUUUUGAGCAUGUUGUUUCUGUAAUAUAUAAACAUUGCGUUGUAAACUUAGGAUCUGUGAUAAUAAUGCAAUUACAUAAUAAAAUUAAAGCAUUUACAUAAAUUUAUUUAAAUUUCGGCGUAGGCCGGAAGUAUCUGGAACGUUAAGAAAUUUAACGGAAAUUUGCUAUCGGCGGAGACCGUACGGAGACGUAAAAAAUUUCUUUCGUAAGUCAGUGCAUACGAUAUAACUGUGAUAUAAACAAUAAAUAUAAAUUGCAAUAUCGCAGACACAAUAUUUUGUGUUCCUGUUUUAUAAAAACAAUGUCAGACUUCUUAUACAAUGUGUGCCAAAUUACAGAGAAAAUUGCUUAUAUCUCUUGCACAACAUUCGUUGACGGUGAAUGGUAAACUAUCCAUUAUUGUUAAAGAUCCUAAUGUUCUCGAAAAUAUUUAUUUUAUAUGUAAUAAUUGUCUAUUGAAAAACUUGAGUAAUUUUUACACGCAUAUUUGUUUAGUAAAAAAUUUAAUUUUAUGAAAUAUUGAAAAAUCUAAAUACUGUACUCGUCGUAAAUGAAUAAACAAAUUAAAUAAGA